CCGAGCUUUUACUUUCUUUCAGUUCCCCCCUUCAAAGUCUCUUAAUUGUUUUAUAUAUAAAGACCUUUUCUUCGUUUUUGCGUGCUUUUCUCGCUCUCCUCUUUCAGAUGCACUAGUAGAGUUUGAAUUGCAAUCGAAGACUUUUUGUUUCUGAGUUUUCUUUUUUGAAUUUUUUUGAUCGUCAGAGAUUUCGGUGCUUGUUGCUCGAAUUGGUGAACGUCUGAUCAAUUUGGUACUGUACAAAAUGAAUAAUUUGCAGGUUUCCGAAAGAACUUCCGGAAAUCCCUUCCGCAGGAUAAUUCCGAAGGGAACAUCCUUAUCUCCAAAGCUCCUUCGCUUGCUGAAUUCUUUCGAGGAGACAUUAGCGCAGAAUAUCGAAAAUAUCAAGCCAGAAAACAGGGGCAAUGGCCUAACCCUAUCAUGGAUGAGAAGUGCGAUCGAAUCGCUCAGCGCAAUUCAUGCCGACGUAAAAGAUCUCAUCACUGCCCUCGAACUACCCAUUUCUGCUUGGGACGACAAGUGGAUCAACGUCUACCUCGACAACAGCGUGAAGUUACUCGACAUCUGCAUCGCCUUCAGCUCCGAGAUUUCUCGUCUGAAACAGGGCCAUCUUUUCCUUCACUCGGCGUUGCACAAUCUAACUGAUCAAAUCCAGAUCCAUCGGGCAUGUUCUUCGCUCGCCGGAUGGAGGCAACAUAUCAGCUCGAAGAAUCCCAGGCUCGAGAAAUGCUUCUCCAUCAUGGACAGCCUCGCCCGAAUGCUCGACCUCCCAAAAAUCAAGAACUCCUCAAAGGGCAAAGUGCUGAUGCGCGCACUGUACGGCAUCAAGGUGGUCACUCUUUUUAUAUGCAGCGUAUUCGCGGCUGCACUCUCCGGAUCUUCGGCGCCAUUGAUCGAAGUGAACGUUCCCAGUUCAUAUUUCUGGUCUAAGGCUUUCACCAAUCUGCAGACCUCCAUAAACACUGAGAUACGAAGCGGAUAUUUAAGCGGAGGAUUCACAGUGUUGAAGGAGGCUGUAGCAGUCGAUAUGUUCGUCAAACAGGUGUAUCCGAUCAUCGAAAAUGGAUUUGAUCCUGAUGAAGUCGACAUGUUGUUGAGUCGCAAAGCGGAUUUGCAGGGGUCGGUCGAGGAGCUUUCCCUCGGACUUGAUUCGUUGGCGAAAGAGAUGGACGGAUUCUUCCAGGUCGUGCUGACCGGGCGCGACGCCUUGCUUUGCAACCUUAGGGUCGUUGGCGUUAAUGUGAUCGACAGAGUGCGAGCUGACGGCGACGGGAAUCGACGAGGCCAGGUUGUGAGGUAAAAGGAAGAAAGUAUUCUUUGAAUGUUCGAAAAUGAAUAAAAGCACACUCUCGAAAAAUAGCAGCUUUUAUGUUAAAAAAAACAAAAGGAAUGCCAAAUGAUGUGUGUAUUUUUUUUGAGUUCGUGAUUAUGUAUGUGUGUGCUAACAACGUUUUGAUGUGUAAAUAAUAACGUGAACAUCUCGUAGUGAAGAAUGUUAGUUUUAUUUUUAUUCAAUUUAUUGCUGUACUUGUAUUGUAUCAAAAGAUUUCUAUAAUGUACAUAUAUAUAAAUUAUUAUUAUUUUUA